GAUGGACCUUCCGGUCAUCAUGCUCUCUGUGAAUGGUGAGACCAAAACUGUAAUGAAAGGCAUAACUCAUGGUGCUUGUGACUACUUGCUCAAACCAGUUCAGAUUGAGGAGCUCAAGAAUAUAUGGCAGCAUGUUGUAAGGAGAAGGAAGUUAUCACACAAAGAGUAUAGCCAUUUUGAUGAUGGGGAAGAAUCAGACAAGCACCAAAUCGUUAGUAAAGAAUCUGCUGACGGUCUGAACAUGAAUAGCUCGCCCAAUUGAAAUGAAAAGUUUAUAAGGAAGAGGAAGGACCAGAAUGACGAAGGCGAUGACAACUCUGA